AUGUCUGGUAGCGGACGCAUAACCGCCCAGGUCUGCAUGUCGGCCAGCAGGAGGUUUUUACAAACACUAGUAAUUUUUUCGGGAAGCAUUCCACACAGGACGAUCGAGGGUGUGCCAACGUCGUGGAUGUUCAGCUCGAGUGAAUCAGGCCACAUAAACGCUGAAAUAUUUUACCAAUGGCUGGGCAAGGUAUUCAUUCCGAACUGCGGGAAAGAAAGGCCAUUUUUACUCGUGCUUGAUAAUCACGACAACCACAUUUUCAUUCCCACAAUCAAGGCCGCGAUCGAAAAUGGCGUCGUGCUUGUUGGGUUUCCGGGGCACACGACCCACAUACUUCAGCCUUUGGAUGUGAAGGUAAUUACUAAACGGUAUUUUCUGUCCGCUGAAGUCGCAAAGAUUGUGACAAACGUUGGAUAUGUGCGUGAUGGAGUUACUGUCGGGAACCACAAAUUCCCGGCAAUUCUUCGUCACGCCAUAGACCAGACUAGUAAGGCCUCUGCACAGAAGCCCUUCGAGGUAACUGGUCAGUUUCCAGUAAACAGGAAUGCUAUUGACACUUUACAGCUGAUUACACCGACGUUCUCAACUGCAGAAACCAGUGAUGGAAAGAUUCAGUUUGAGGCAGAAACGUGUCUGACGUGUGGAUACUUCAUAAAGAACCCACUAGUUACAAGAGGCAUAGUGCCCGAGAGAUUGGCACAAAUUUUGGUGCCUCCCCCAGCUAAACCAGUUGCCCACGUGCCCAAAAUGUCAAAGAAAAGGGUUGAAAAGGGAAGGGUGGUUAGCACAGAGGAAAUGUUGCUUGAACUCCAAGAGAAGGAGCGACAGGAGGAGGAAAAAAGGGCAGGUGUUGAGCCACGGAAGAAAGAUGCAGAGGAGAAACACAGAGUGAAAGCUCAAGAAGCUGAGGAGAAAAGGCAGAGGAAAGAGACGACCAAGGCAGCCAGAGAGGAAAAGAGGAAGAAUGAAGAAGACGAGAAGGAAGCGAGGAAGAGAGCUAGGAUGGAGAAAAAGAGCAGACCCGGGAGAAAGGAAUUUAGAGAAAGAGAAAUAGCUCGUGUUCGAGCUUUUUCUUUUGUGUGUGGGGUUUGUAGAGAGCACGGGACUGUGACUGACGAAGAGAAAGGUCUAUUUUGGUAUAGUUGUGAUGGCUGUGACCGAUGGUUCCACAAUGUGUGUCUGAGUGUUGAUGAUUUGUGCAAGGCAGUUGAGAGUUUGAAUGGCGGUGAGUGGAUGUGUGAUUCGUGCAGACCAGGACUAAUUGAGGAAUGAAUUUGUUUUAAAUGGACUUCAGAACUCAGAUUGAUGAUUAUGAAAUGAAGCAGUUGUUUUGAAUGUUGUUAUG